AUGAGGUUAAACUGGUGGCUAACAUUGUUGGCAUUGCAGCUGCUAGUCAUACUGCGUAUCGAUGGAAUUUACGUGGUGGAAAAAAGUGGACGUAAGUCCUUCGUGAAACUCAACCCGGCACAGUGGACCGAACCGGAGGACGAUGGAGGACUGUGGUCCUCACUGCUGGAAGAGUACACAUUAGGAUUCAAUGCGUCGUCCCGCAGUUCUCGAGUUAUGCAAGCAGCCGCGGUAGCCGUGGGCCAAACCCAUCAAUACAUACCGGCAUCUAGUUUCUACAUCAACAAACGAAUCGGAGAAGCAGUUGAAAUGGGAUCACCGAUCGGCAAGGUCAUAGGACCUUCGGGUUAUGCUGAAAAUCAGCUUAACACCGGUCCCAGCGCGCAAGGUUCCUUCACACCCAUGCGCCAAAGCUUCGGCGGAGCUACCCCUACAGAAAUGCUGGCUUCGCCUCGAGAGGUUUCCGAGACUGACCUGUACUUGCUGGGAGCGAUUGAAAAGCUGGUAUACCGGGUGGAUUAUAUGGAAAAUCGGCUGCGAAGAGCAGAACAAAUCAUCUAUUAUUUAAUGGCUGGAAACAAUCAGAAAAUAGAUGCAUGCCCGGAAAACUUCACCAGAGUGCACGAUAUUUGCUAUCACUUCGGAGUGGAUCGUGGAUUGAACUGGAAGUCGGCCAGUACGAUGUGUAAAUCCUACGGUGGUCACUUGGCGGAGUUCGAAACGACAACCGAGUUUCAAGAUGUGGUAGCGUACAUUUUGAACAAUCAGCUAAACCGGGGCAAAGAGUACUGGCUGGGUGGUCUGAAUCCGGGUUUGCUCUGGAUUUGGACGCAGUCCGCCAAACCGGUGAACCCGAACACGAAUCUAACCUCAAUCACAGCGAACAGUCAAGCUUCUGGAAGUGCGAAUAAAGUCGAUUCGUCGAAAAAGGAAGAUUCGAAAAUUGUUAACAAACCAGCUGCCACUGCCACGAAGCCAACGGGACCAACACUGGAGAUUACCGGUUCCGGCCGUUGUUUGAAACUUACCUACAAUGCAGCACUGUACACCUACGGUUACACGGGACAGGAUUGCUCCGCAAGGUUUAACUACAUUUGUGAACUUAAAAGUAAAACUUUGGAUAAUGAAAUUUCUCGCAUUGCAAAACAGCUGGAAUUAGAUUAG